GCACCCGGCGGCGCUAUGAGCUCAGUACGAAGUAUUUUUUCUCUACUCACAAUUGCGUUGUCGUGGACAAUGAGUGCUUCCGCCCCCUUGCCGGAGUCUUCCGGAGAUCCAGAACUGCUCCAGUUUGUCCAGAAGAACCGGGAGUUUGUCUUGAGGAUAAAACAGGAUGUCUCCAGGGUCAGAAAGCUCAUGCAGAAAGAGUUUAAAAUCCACAGCGACGACGAGCUGAUGUUGAUGCGGGAGAUGCUGGACAUCUCGCAAAUGGAUCUCUCCCUCUGCCGCACUGACCCCUGUGACCUGGCUGGCUGUUUCAACCAGAUAAGGACAGGCCUUCAGACUUACCAUGGCUACUUUUCCCGCAUAAAGGAGCUCCUGCCGAAUUUCGCUGGCCACGUGGAUGGUCUCCAGGUGGACGUGUCAAACCUGUCCUCCAACCUCCAACAGCAGAUGCAAGAAAACGGGCUGACAGUGGUUGCCUACCCUCAGACGGAAAGCCAGGCCAACCCUUCCUUCCUGGAAUCUGAAAAGGAAGCUGGAAGCUACCUUGUUCUCAGAAACUUCGAGAGAUUCCUCGAGAUGACCUUCCGAGCCCUGCGGCACUGCAGUUCAUAAGUGCGGGAGAUAUGGAGAUCUCGGGAAGAAGAUCAGAAAUCCCUUUGCAGGGUGCCUGGGGCGCUUCUUCUGUGAAGAUGGACAGCGAAUUGCUUUUUGAGAUACAGAAUUUUUAGGGUUUUUAAAAUUGUGUUGCCAUUUUUCACCAACAGAAGAGGUAAUUUCUGCUACCUAGCUAACACAGUUUUUUACAAUACUUAACCAAAAGUCAUAACAAGUAUCAGGUGAGGUUCCAAGCGCUUCACAAAAUUUUAACAGAUAUUUUUAAUACACAGAAUUAAGUUCCCCAUUUUUUUGGAAUCCCUAAACUGCUUUUUCCAAGUGACUAGCACUCAAGAGUUUUGGGCAAACUGGUUUGAUUGUGGAAUGCUGACGGAGAAGUCCUGAGCUACCGUUCCAUCAGUCAGGCAACCAAGAUCUAACCAACGGAGACUGGCUCAUCUCCAGCUUCAUAACUUCUACAUAAUUGAAAUGUCAAGAACUUGUGUAGGGACUUCUCUGAAGACUUCUCU